AUCUUCUGUAUCCUCCAUGCUGCUCAUUUCUAGUGAAGAUGAAGCGCUUGGUGUGGAACACAGGUCCAUUUGGAUUACGGGGAAUGCAGAGAUGGUCCUCGGGUUCUUCUGCCAGCCGCCUGGUUCAGGAGGAGAUGGCACAAGAUACUGGUUCUGGACCCAAACAGCAACGCAUCAAUCCACUUGGCAUCCAGAUGCUUUCUAAGCAUCUUCAUGAGCAGAUUUUCCGGGGUGCCCAGAUUGAAUAUUCAGAGGAAGACAUCCAGAAGAGUGUGGCACACUUGCAGAAGCAUGACUUGUGGGGCAAAGAGACAACUACUCUUCCUGAUGUGGAAUUGCAGCUGCCCCAGUUGUAUGGGGCCAACAUCGAUGAACACUUCCGCAUCUUGGCACAGAAGCAGAGCCUCCCAUAUCUGGAAGCUGCUAAGGAACUUCUUCAGUUUGGGAUCCCACCAGUGCCCCAGGAGUGGGCUUGGAAAGCUGGGUGGACACGAUACGGACCCAGUGGGGAGAAGACAGCUGUUGAUUUCCCUGAUGAGCGCGCCUUGGUGUUUGAUGUGGAAGUGUGCAUGAAUGCAGGCCAGUGCCCUACGCUUGCAGUAGCUGUUUCCUCAAAUGCCUGGUACUCAUGGUGUAGCAAGCGACUGUUAGAGGAACGGUACACCUGGUCCAGCCAGUUGACUCUGUCAGAUCUCAUCCCUCUGGAAACAGGCAGCAGCCUUGCCAAGCAGGAUUGGCAAGAGAGGCUGGUGGUGGGUCACAAUGUCUCUUUUGACCGUGCACACAUCAAAGAACAGUACCUGAUUCAAGGCUCCCAGAUGCGUUUCCUGGACACCAUGAGUAUGCACAUGGCCAUCUCCGGGCUAACAGGAUUCCAACGCAGCCUUUGGAUGGCAGCAAAACAUGGCAAGCGAAGAGGGCAGCAGCAGGUGCAGCAGCAUAUCAAGAAAACACGGAGUAAAACUGAUGGCCCUGAGAUUGCCUCCUGGGACUGGGUGAACAUUAGUAGCAUCAACAAUCUAGUAGAUGUGCAUGCCUUAUAUGUUGGAGGCCAGCCACUGGAGAAAGAAGCCCGGGAACUCUUUGUCAAAGGGAGCAUGAAUGACAUCAGGAAUAACUUCCAGGACCUGAUGAGAUAUUGUGCCCUUGAUGUCCAGGCUACUUACGAAGUAUUCCAGGAGCAGCUUCCUCUCUUCUUAGAAAGGUGUCCCCAUCCUGUCACAUUUGCAGGGAUGCUGGAAAUGGGAGUCUCCUACCUUCCUGUCAAUCAGAACUGGGAGAGGUACCUGGAUGAAGCUCAGGUCACUUAUGAAGAGCUGCAAAAGGAGAUGAAGAAAUCCUUGAUGAACCUAGCUGACAAUGCCUGCCAGCUGCUUCAUGAGGAAAGGUACAAAUGUGAUCCCUGGCUGUGGGAUCUAGAGUGGGAUCUCCAGGAAUUUAAGCAAAAGAAGAAGAAAAUUGGGAAGAAGAAGAAUGAAGAUGGUAAUGAUGAACUUCCCAAAGCCGUGGAAAAAGCCUCCAUGCUAGAGUGGCAGGAAGAUCCAGGACCCCCAACUGAAGAGGAAGAACAGCAACUCCCUGAGAGCCGAUUGUGCUUGGACCGUCUGAAGGAGACUGUAGCUUUGCAGCCAAAGAGAAUUCAGCACCUGCCUGGCCAUCCAGGGUGGUAUCGUAAGCUGUGCCAGAGACUGGAUGAUCCCAGCUGGGUGCCUGGGCCCAGCCUUAUCAGCCUUCAGAUGAGAGUGACCCCAAAGCUCAUGAGGCUCACCUGGGAUGGCUUUCCAUUGCACUACUCUGAGAAAUACGGCUGGGGUUACCUGGUGCCAGGGAGGAGUGACAACCUGCCAGAGGGGACUCCAGAUGCUGACUUGCCUACUUGCCCCUUCAGGGUUAUUGAGCAUCUGUACCGGGAACACUGCAAGGAGAAAGGCAAAGAGCAACCUAUCUCACUGGACACCACGCUGGAAGAAGAGCUCAUGUUAACAGAAAAUAGCACUUUCUGGCAUAAGGUUGAAGAGCUCAGCCGUGCGGAGAUGGAGAUGGAUUCAGAUCCUGUAACCAAGCAAUUUAGUGAGGAUGAGCUGGACCAUUCAAAGAGUCAUCCUGAUUAUCACCAUGGCAAUGGUCCUUACAAUGAGGUCAAUAUCCCUGGGUGCUGGUUUUUCAGGCUACCGCACAAGGAUGGGAAUGAAAACAACGUUGGAAGCCCAUUUGCUAAGGAUUUCUUGCCCAAAAUGGAGGAUGGCACCCUGAAAGCUGGCAUAGGGGCCACAGAAGGGACACAAGCUCUUGAAAUCAACAAGAAGAUCUCCUUUUGGAGGAAUGCUCACAAAAGAAUCAGUUCCCAGAUGGUGGUGUGGUUGAAGAAAGGGGAGCUGCCUCGAUCUGUGACCAGGCACCCAGACUUCGACGAGGAGAAUAGCUAUGGAGCCAUCCUGCCACAGGUGGUAACUGCUGGGACAAUAACUCGUCGAGCUGUGGAGCCCACCUGGUUGACAGCCAGUAAUGCCAGAACUGACCGGGUGGGCAGUGAGUUGAAAGCUAUGGUCCAGGCCCCUUCUGGCUACCAUCUGGUUGGAGCUGAUGUGGAUUCCCAGGAACUUUGGAUCGCAGCUGUCUUGGGAGAAGCUCAUUUUGCUGGCAUGCAUGGCAGCACGGCUUUUGGCUGGAUGACCCUUCAGGGGAAGAAGAGCAAUGCCACAGACUUGCACAGCAAGACGGCCACCACAGUGGGGAUCAGCCGAGAACAUGCCAAAGUGUUCAACUAUGGGCGCAUCUAUGGGGCAGGGCAGCCCUUUGCAGAGCGCCUCCUCAUGCAGUUCAACCAUCGCCUGACACAGCAACAGGCCAGUGAAAAGGCUCGCCAGUUGUAUGUUGCUACAAAAGGGAUUCGGCGCUGCUAUCUGUCCGAGGAAGGGGAAUGGCUGGUGAAAGAGCUUGGCAUCCCCAUAGAAAGGGAAGAGGAUGGUUCUGUGUCCCUGGAAGAUGUGCGGAAGAUAAAGAGAGAAGCAGGAAAAUGGUCUCGAAGGAAAAAGUGGGAUGUAGUGAACCGACGAGUGUGGGCCAGUGGGACAGAGUCUGAAAUGUUCAAUAAACUGGAAAGCAUUGCCAUGUCAGAAUCUCCUCGCACCCCUGUGCUGGGCUGCCACAUCAGCAGAGCUUUGGAGCCAGCUGCUGUCAAGGGCGAGUUUAUAACCAGCAGAAUAAACUGGGUGGUUCAGAGCUCGGCUGUAGAUUACCUGCACCUGAUGCUUGUGUCAAUGAAAUGGCUCCUUGAGGAGUUCAACAUUGAUGGGCGGUUCUGUAUCAGCAUCCAUGACGAAGUGCGAUACCUGGUGCAAAGUGAGGAUCGCUACCGGGCAGCUCUUGCCCUGCAGAUCACGAACCUCCUUACACGGUGCAUGUUUUCAUAUAAACUGGGUAUUCAAGAUCUGCCUCAGUCAGUGGCCUUCUUUAGUGCUGUGGACAUUGAUCGGUGCUUAAGGAAAGAGGUGACGAUGGAUUGUGUCACUCCAUCUAACCCAACAGGGAUGGAAAGAAGAUACAAUAUUCCUCAGGGUGAUGCUCUUGAUAUAUAUCAACUUCUCAAAAUAACCAAAGGGUCAUUGCAGAAACAAAAAUAGGAUGCAAGACUUCAACUGACGGGAAACCUACCAGCUCAGUGAAUCCUCCCAGAAGCAGUUUAAGCAAGGAGACCUGCCCACUCCCUGUGAUUUGCGCUUUUUUCACUGAGAAGAGGGAGAAGACUUCGGGGCUAUCAUUAAAACAGGCUACAGCUGCAAAGGUGAAUCACUGACAGAACUUCCAGAAGGACAGAUUUCACUUUAACUGGGCUGUGCCAGGAUGGUUAUCAGUAGCCUGUUGUGGUACAAGCAUUCAGAGAAUUGCAUGUCAUUCGUAUGGCAAGCAGAAACCUAAUUAAAGCCCAUCUUAAAAAUAAGACAUUCAUCUUUCUCCAUUAAUGCUUCACAGGGCAAGCAGAACCAAGCUACAGUAGUCACUUGGGAAUGACCAAGGCAGCUCUUAUUUUUUACGUCGCCUCUUAGUUUUGGGUUCCUGGCUGGUGUUGGAUUGGGUAGAUGCAGUGCUCUAAAAGAGAUGAAAACAGGCUAUUAGUAAAUGCGCCAGAGGAGUCCUGAGUUACUGAAACACAAUUUUAAAACCUGCUGUUUAAAGCAAUUUUUACUCUGAAAAACACCUCUGAAAAUUAA